GCCGUGAAGUACUUCAACAACUCUUAUUUAGAUACAGCCAAGAUGAGCGUAGAGUUAGCCCGAUCACACAAUGCUACAGCAGAGGUACGACCCUGGAGUAAGUACUCCAAGGGCAGUAGUGCGUAUGACGAGAGGGAGCGAGACAAAAAGGAGUACAAAUCUAAGCUACAGGAGGAAAGGGAUGAGGUGGCUAAGGUGUCAGAGAUGCGCAAAGCUCGGAAGGAAGCGAUGGCCAAGGGAAGGAAAAAGGCCGCCAAAAUGCUGGCUGAAAUUUACGGUACACAGGACGACGAGAAGCUCGCCGAGUUCAUGCACGUCUCCACAGCCCGAAGUUCGGCUAAGACUUGGUCAAACGAUGAUAGCGAACUGCUCCAGGCUCAGAAGAAAAUGCAGAAAGUGACUGAGAAACAAAUAGGAGGAGGUGCACGGGUGCGCGUAGACACGGUGGACGCCAAGAGACCGGCUGUUGACGGUGUCGUAUAUAGUCGCACACACAUCAGUUUUGGAGACGAUGUGAGCGAAGCUAAGGAAAAGAUAACCCGAGAGGAAGAGGAGGCCGAGAGUGAUAGUGAAUACGAAGACAUGCCCUUGGAUAAGAAGGGCAAAGACAGCACGAACGAGCAAGGUAAAGAGGAUAGUGGCAGUGACAGCGACGGAGGUGAUGACGAUGCAAGUGAAAAGGCGGCGAUAACGGCCGCUACGGAUGCGGACUAUCUCAAGAGUCUCAUGAGUAAAAAGGAUAUUGCGGAGGAGGAAGAUAUGGACAUGGGGGAUGUGUCUGAUGGUGAAAUGGAGGUAGGUAAGAAGAGCAAAAAGAGUAAGAAGAGUAGUAAGGAAUCAACACAGUACGGUAGCGCACAUGACGGCAAGCAAACAGAAGUGGAGGCGAUUGAAGCACUCCAAGGAAAGGGAGCGGAGAGCAGCAACAUGGGCUCUAGUGGUACAGAUACAAAGGCAGACCCAGAUGCGAGUGCGAAGGCUGCGGCGGACUGGGAAGCUGGGUUGAACGAGAUACACUCCAGUAGACGGAUGGGAGCCGUGGGCACGGGCGGUAUAGUGGCUACAGACGCGCUGGUGGCGAAUACGGGGCGCAUCUUUGUGCGGAACUUACCCUUUGCAUGCACGGAAUUAGAGUUGGAGAAGCUGUUCAAGAAGUUUGGGCCGUUGACGGAGUGUCACAUGCCUCUGGAUAAGGACACGAAGAAGCCUAAGGGGGUGGCGUUUGUGACGUUUGUAUUGCCCGAGCACGCGGUGAGAGCCAUGGAAGUGAUGGACAAGCAUGUGUGGCAGGGUAGGCUGAUGCAUAUACUGCCGGCCAGGCCCAGAGCUGAGGAGAAGAAGGAGGAGGAGUCCAAGGCGGGUAGUUCAUACAAGAAGAAAUCCGAAGCGGAUCGGAAAUCCAAGGCGGGUGCAGAGUACACGUGGAACACGCUCUUCAUGCGCUCAGACACCGUAGCCGCCGCGCUGGCUGCCAAAAUGAAGAUCAACAAGAGCGACUUGCUGUCACGCGAUGCCGAUAGCAUGGCUGUGCGCAUGGCACUCGGUGAGACACACAUCAUUCAGGAGACAAAGGCCUAUCUGUUGGCCGCAGGACUACGCCUGGAAGCCUUUGAGGGGACCAAGAAACGCAGCAACACGGUGAUUAUCGUGAAGAAUAUCCCGUACGAUAUCACAGAGGAAGACUUGAAGCUGGCCUUCGACCCCUUCGGAACACUGGGACGUAUUGUUCUCCCGCCCACCCGUACGAUAGCGCUGGUGGAGUUUGCCGAACCCAGUGAAGCCAGAGAGGCUUUCAGGAGGCUGGCGUACACCAAGUUCAAGAGCGUGCCGUUGUACCUGGAAUGGGCCCCACAGGACACGUUUAUCAGCGCGGCAGACGAGGUGAAUGGGGAUAAGGGUGCGCACGCUGGGCAAGCGGAUGAGAGUGACGGGGAGGGUGAGAGUGUGGAGACGUCCAAUGACCGCAGUAUCUUUGUUAAGAAUCUCAACUUCGACACUACGGAUGAGAGUUUGAAGAGCCUGUUUGAAAAGGCAGGGAGUCUGCGCUCCGCCCGAGUGGCGAAGAAGAAUGUCAACGGCAAAUCGUUAUCCAUGGGCUUCGGGUUCCUCGAGUUCACCACCAAAGACGGGGCAGCCAACUGUCUGAAGACACUCCAGCACGUUAAGCUAGACGGCCACACACUCGACCUCAAGUGGGCUCGGGAGAAGGGAAGCUCUGGCGCCACAACAGAGGUACGCAAGGUAGAGGUGGGUAAGGCCAAAUCCAAUAAGCUUAUGAUCAGAAACAUGCCGUUUGAGGCUACAAAGAAGGAAGUAAGGGAACUGUUCCAAGCAUUUGGUAAGCUCAAGAGCGUCCGCGUGCCCAAGAAGUUCGAUGGCACAAGUAGGGGGUUCGGGUUUGUGGAGUUUGUGAGCAAAUCGGAGGCCAAGAACGCGUUCGAGUCGCUGAAAACAACGCAUUUCUACGGACGCCAUUUGGUGUUGGAGUGGGCCGAUGAAGAGAUGAGCGUGGAGCAGAUGCGUGAGCACACGCUCAAGCACUACGUCGAUGGCGAGCAGGGGGGCCGACAGGCCAAGCGCACCAAGGUGGAGAUGUGAGUGUGAGGAUGCUGUAUACACAUCAAACAACUGCAUGCAUUUAGUACUGAGAUGGUAUAUAUACAUAUAUACGCAUUUGCAAUACGGCAUUGGAUAGGCUACUGCUGGGAUGGCACACAUAAUAAUAAGUUUACACUUCAAACGAGGUGUCCCCCAGUGGUAUAUCGGAACGCACCAAUGAGUUGUAUGAGCUCGACACCUAUCAGGCCGAGAAGUGAUAAGAGUUUAGUCUCAUCUUCCAAUGUGGGCGUUUGUACCAGAGGCCAUCCAAGCGAAGUCUUGGUAGAAUCUCCCCACGGGAUGAAAGCUCGAUGCACCACAGACCGACACCACACACAUUCCAUAUACAUCGCAGCACAGCACACCAUACCGCAUCAGAAAGGGAGUGGUGUGAGGUGUGGCAGUCUACCUGUUGUGUAAACUAAUAUGCAAGCUCGUCUCGAAGGGUAGAAUGACAGCCUGUAGGGGACGGAUACCAGAGACAACGGUACUGGAUUGUCUCGGGCGCGAUUGGAGGCUAUAUAGAUACACUGUCUUGUCUAUCCGAGUUAGUUGCGAACAUUAACUGGCUCUCUGGGAAACCUGUGUACAGUCGUCUACGGGUAUGCUGUACUCACCAGAAUAGCAACGGCAUUCCAACUACCUGCGGACGAUCUGAAUGAGUGGAGCUGCAAAGCCAGCUGCACGAGUGCUAAUUAGGUAUUGGAAUACACAACGAGACGAUGGAUAUUCACGUCUUCGGGCUUGUAUACAAUACGUUGAAUGGUAUGUAUAUGAUGCAGUAGAUGUAGACGUAGCCUGCCGGCGCACAUGGAUGUGAAGAACUAGCGCAUGGCGUGCCUAUAUGCGGACGUGUACCUUAAGUCAUCGUUCGGUACGCUGACAGCCUGGUCCACCAAAUACACGGCAGCAGUCCAGAGCAGUUUACAGUCAUGAAGAAAUCUGCGGUGCAGGUAGCAGUGAAACCAGUAGUUACUUAGCAUAACUACUAACGCCAUUCGAUGACAUCCAAAUAAAGACAAGAC